UCCAUUCACACCUACAGUCAAUUUAGUGUCCACUUGACCUCUGCAUGUCUGCACGGGGAGAGCAUGCAAACUCCACACAGGAAGGGCCCUGUUAGCAUGUGGUUUUAUUGUUUGCGAACUCAGAGCUUUUUCUUGCGAGGCAACAAUUUUAGCCACUGUGCUGCUUUUUGACCCAACAUUACAACGUGAGAUCCAUCUUCACUGUCACUUCUUGCACUCAGCUCCCCUAAAGCCUCCAGAGAUGAGGAAGAAGUCCAGAUGGGAUGUUUCAGAACAAGAGGAGCUGGACAAAGAGGAUGAACUGCCAACUUCUGCUUCAACUGCUUCACCGAACAGCAUCAGUGAUCAGACUCAGGCUCAGAAGAGGAAAGAAGAUGAUAAAGAGGAGCAGCAGAAGGAGGAGGAGGAGGAGGAGGAGGUGGUGGUGAGUCGGCCUCCUAUGGAUCUGUUUAAGGCCAUCUUUGCCUCCUCUGAUGAUGACUCCUCUUCAUCAGAAGUAGAGAGUGAGGAGGAGGACACAAAGGAGGGUGAAGGAAAAAAUGACCUCCACCCUCUGAACCUCUUCAACGUCCCCUCAACAUCUGUGACCUCCUCCAUCACCUCCUGUUCCUCCCAGAAAACAGUGGUUUUCUCUCAGACAUCGAUGCAGGAAGAGUUUGGCCCAAGCCUGCCACCCCCUUCAGGUACUGACACCAGAGGAGGUGCCACCUCCCACUACUCCUCCAGUACAGAAGACAAACAAAGAAAGAAGAACAAAGAGAAGAAAGUCAAGAAAAAGGAAGGCAAACACAAGAAAGACAAGAAGGUAAACAAUGAAAAAUACAAAGGAGAAAAAGACGAAGAUUAAGGGAAAUUGUUGAAUUGUAUGAUGGGGUAUUAGGGCCAUACUGAAGGAAAAGAUAUUUAAGCUUUCAAGAAUGAAGUCUAUUAUAUUUCUAUACUUUUUCACUUUAUUACUUGCCUCCGUCCACAUGAUGUAACAGCUAAAUCCGUCCAAGCAGCCAUUAAUUGCAAUGUUAUACAGCUUUAUUUAGCGUUGGGCCCUCUGUUGUACUGAGGACAUUAGAUGCCCUACUCGCCAGAGUUCUUUAAGUAGUGCACCGAUAUAACCAGCUGUAGCCUUGCAGUCGACCACUACCAGCCAUUUCCUCCUCCACAAAAGAGGAUUUCCUCCAAUCUGUGUGAUUCUUUUUUUAAAAGUCUCUUUAAGUAUAACUUAACAAGAUGCUCCAUGUACCUUGUUUUGCAUUUCGUCACCGUCUCGUUAUCGUCAUGAAACAAGGGGCGACGACGAAAUAAUGUCGUCAUCGUUGACAACAACCCUGUAGCAACCGAUAACGUAAUAACGGCCAAUAACGUAAUAAUUUAAAUGUAA